CGAGGCCCAGGCAGACGGUACCAUCCCAUUCUUUCAGUAUGAACCAAAAUAAACAACCAAAGAAUAGGCAGACGGUACCAUCACAUUCGUACAGUAUGAAUCAGCGUCAACAGCAACCAAAAAAACGACCGUUUUCAACACCAACGAAUCGACAGUUUCAAGGAACACCUUCGCAACCACUACCUAAUAGAAAUUUCCUUAUACCCUCAUCUAAUGUAAACCAACCACAGCCACCUCCGAAUUCGAGCCAACCACAGUCACCUCCGAAUUUGAACCAGCCACAGCCACCUCCAAAUUUCAACCAACCACGACCACCUCCAAAUUUUAACCAGCCACAACCUCCUCCGAAUCUGAACCAAAAACGACCACCUCCAAAUUUGAACCAACCACAACCACAGCCACCUCCAAAUCUGAAUCGACCGCAGCCAACAUUGCAUGUAAAGCUACAACAUCGCCAACCAAAUGUGAAUCAACCACAACCACCCCCAAAUGUGAAUCAACCAUUGUUCAAACCAAAUGUGAAUCAGCCACCGCCCCAGCCAACUGUGAACCAACGACAGGCACAGCCCCCACCAAAUGUGAAUCAGCCACAGCCCCAUCAAAAUGUGAAUCAACGACAGCCCCCACCAAAUGUAAAUCAUCCACAGCCCCAACAAAAUGUGAAUAAACGACAGCCACCACCAAAUGUGAAUCAGCCACAGCCCCAACAAAAUGUGAAUCAACGACAGCCACCACCAAAUGUGAAUCAACCAGAGCCACCACUUAAUCAAGGUCCACCACGACAUUACCAGACUCCAUCACCUGGACGUUACCAGACCGCACCAUCUGGACAGUUCCAGGCCCCACCUGCAAACCAACAAAUAUAUCAAAGACCUCCAAUACCACCACAUAUGAUAAAGCAGCCACCAAUAGUACCACAAGGACCAGCGACUGUUAAUGUCCUUUCUGCAAGUAAUCCUUUCCAGGGACAGCUUGUUCUUGCUUCGAAUCAACAAGUUCCGGUAAAUGCAGGGCCUCAAACAGUCAAACAACCAGUUCAAGAUUUCACUGUUCAAAAUUCACUUACUAAUAACCUAAACUUGUCACCUCAACCUCAACAGGCCGUCCAAUCACAACAAAUCUUAACUCAACAACAAGGACAACAAGCACCUGUUCAAAUAAACUCUGCUCAACAAGUUGUUCAACCACAGCAAACAGUAAACCAACCAGUACAACCAGCUCAAGCAAAUCAAGUUCAACAAGUAAUUCAACCACUGUAUCCUGUCAAUCAACCCAUUCAAGCACAAACCCCUCCAAAUAAAUCCGUACAAACAAUGGUUUCUACUCAGCAACAGCAACCAGCAAUGCCUAUUCAAACACAACCCGUCCAUAUGCAGCAGCAGCAACCAGCAAUGCCUAUUCAAACACAAACCGCCCAUCUGCAGCAACAGCAACCAUCAAUGCCUUUUCAAACACAACCCGUCCAUCUGCAGCAACAACAACCACAUCAAGAUCGAUUUUCGCCUGCUCCUCAAUACCCGCAUCAGCAGCAGAGAUAUAACUAUCAACCUCAAUAUCAACGACCUGUCUAUCAACCACCGGUGUAUUCACCUAGACCUCAUACACCAAAGCCAACUCCUAAACCAACUACAACAACAACUACAACUACAACAACAACACCGAAACCUCCUCCACAAACUGAAGCUCCAGAAUAUGAAGGAGUAGAAGUGGAAGGACCAACCCAUGCUCCACCUCCAAGAUAUCAACCUGGGUCAAAUCAGCAUCAGCAACAUCCCUACUAUCCACCAACUAGAACUCCGAUGCAGGACUUUUUUAUGAUGUAUCCUUUAAUUGACUACUACUUCACGUGAAGAUUUACAUUUGAUCGGCAUACCUUAAAAAGUGGUAAAAUGAAAAGUCAAUCAAAAAAAGAUUAAUGCUCCAUGGGCCUUUUUAUCGAUUAGUUGCGUAUAACGCAAAUAUUUCGAACGGUUUAAGUCUUUUCGUUUUGAGCAGAGGUCAUAUUUCUUGUCGAAUACUUUCUUUGACCUUGUAGAUGGAAGUCGUCAGCAACAUCCGGAAAGCAUACGAUAACGACAAAUUUAUUGAGCUCUUUGAAAUUAAAACAUCUGAUAUUUGUCAAACUGUGUAAUAAUUCCAUUGUUAGAACGUUGGUAUUUAUUUAAUAUUAUCUAAAUUGUUUGUUUGUGAAUAAUAAAAUAUAAUUUGGUGUUUAAUGAUUGAAAUUGAUCGUUAAAAAGUUGAGAAUAACCUUUUUAGCAUUUGCAUUUUAUGUGAUCCUGAAACUGUUGUAAUUCAUUUGUAUUGUGUCACAAUUGUCUUCAUGAUUGAAAAUAAACUGAACUUGCCUUUUGCGUAUCGGAAGGGAUAUGCAAGGGGAAACUUUGGGUACACUGAAA